AUGUUCAAACGACGGAAUAACGCCGUCACCAACAUCGAGUUCACCGGCGAGGAGAGAAACAGAGAUGGGUUGAUAAGAGAACGUGAUUUUAUCGUUUGGGUUUGUGGUGGAAAGAGUGAGAUCAAACUCAGAGGAGGUGAGUUUAAGGGAUGUGACGGAAAAGGAAGGACGUUGGGGGUGGUAGAGGAGGUAGACGACGGUGCCAGCGGCGCCGAGGAGGAGGAGGAGGAAGAUGAGGAUGAGAAGAAGCCAGCAACAAAUGGUGCAACACCAAUUACGGUUGCUACGGGGACGGUGGUGGGUUUGAGGACGGUAGGUUGGGCGGGUGGCGCCGUAGAGUUGCGCUUUUGUUGCCGGGAAUGA